CUUUCACUUCACUCACCGCCCCGCCCCACCUGCUCCAGUCUUUGGUCAGCGCCGCCCGGAGACGGAGCCGGAGACGGAUACAGAGCGGUUGCUGCAGCCUCCGCUGGGCCGUGACUCCGGGCUCCGACAGCCCCGCUCCCCCUGCAGCCCCGGCAGUGGGCGCCAUGGAGGCCGGGCCGCUGGAGCCGCCGCACCCGGACUGGGCGGACGAGCAGCGCAUGGCCUUCCUGUUCUCGGCCUUCAAGCAGAGCCGCGACGUGGACAGCGCCGACUGGGACGGCAAGCUGGCCUUCUGGACCCCGCUGGUGCUGCAGGCGGCUGCCCGGCGCCGGCGGAUCCGCUUCACCCCGCGGGAGCUCGGCGGCUGGUUCCAGCGCAACGGCGCCGCGCCGCUAGGCCUCGCCACCGUGUUACAGCACCUGGCCAGGGGAGGGGUCAUCCAGACAGAGUCGAGCUUUGCUGCGAGCGUGGACACUGGCUGGCUGGCACGGGGAGUGUGGCUGCUGCUGGUCAAGCCCCUGAGGUGGACCCUCGCCUCCAUCCUGGGAACUGAUACCAUCUCGCCCGAUGAAUCGUUCAUAAUUGUUGACCACAUUAAGGACAAGGCGGCUGAGGUUCUGCGACUGUGCCAGCGUUCCCUCGAUGCGGCACACCCAGUGGCGGCCCUGUCCGCACUGCAGCAGGAGUGUCGGGAGGUGUGCGAGGACGAGAAGACCUUCUGCCUGUGCCUGGUGCAGCUCCAGAAGGACAAGAAAGUGGCGGUGGCCGAACUCGAUGGGGAGAGGAUUGUGAAGCUUGCCCACCCUGGCAGCAACAAGCCGGUGGUGGUGACGGAGGUGGACGUUGGCGUGUACCACUUGAUGAACUGUAAGAAGAUGCUGUCACACAAGGCCGAGACACUCUCGCAGGAGGCUGACGGGUACCAGGAGGAGGCAAGGAAGCAAAUCAGAGCUGGUAAAAAGCAUCUGGCACUGAAAUCUCUGAAAAUGAAGAAGAGAACCUUUAAACAACUGGAAGACAUCCACGCCAAGCUUGAUACGAUCGACACCAUCCUCGAUCGCAUUCGCUCCUCCCAGACCGACCUAAAGGUUGUUGAAGCUUAUCAGGCUGGGCUCGGGGCUCUGAGGCAGUCGAUGAAAGAUGUGAGUGUGGAGAAAGUGGAGAACCUGAUGGAUGAGAUCGAGCAGUUCUGUGACACACAGGAUGACAUCAGGAAGACUCUGGCUGGUGAAAGCUUCGAUGUAGCGGGUGGAGCUGACGUGAGUGAUUUGGAGGCUGAGCUGGAUGCUCUUCUACAGGAGGAGCCGCAGCUCCAGAUGUGCCGGCCGAUACACGACCUGCGCUUCCCUCAGUGAGGAGAACAGCUGCUCGCCGAGCUCAGCAAGCUCAGCCUGACUGACCAAGGUCCCAUUGUUGAAAGCAGGAAGCCUGCGGCCUCUCUGGAACUUGCACAAUGACCUCCACUGCAGAUCCAGGGGCCAACUGGCUCCUGCCGCAUGCCUCAUCUGGACAGAAGAUGCACAUGGUCAAUAGUAGUCUGUACAGGAUGACUCUUUUACAAUCUUUCCCUAAUGCUCUCGGGUCUGGGACAAGGGUAAGACAUUCCCCGCCCAUGUAAAGCAGCACGAGGCAUUUUGGAAGAGAACUCUCUGGGUCAGGAACGUUCAGUCAUUGAGACCGUGUCCACACUGACCACUUUUGUGUGCCAGUGUGAGUAGACAUGGGCAACAGGCCAACGCUGUGACUAGACUCUGUUGACGGAGGUGGGUAAGGAGCUUGUUGCCAUGACAUUACUGCAGAUUGCAGUGGUUUGUGACUGCAGUCCCCACUGCUGCUAAACGGUGGCUGGGGAACAUUGAGGCAAGGAAAUCAGUGGUGAAAUAGUGAGCUGCCCUUGUAUCUCCCUGUGGCAGCUGAAGAGCCAGGGUCCCCAGGAAGUCACCACUCAUAACACACCCACAACUGCCCCAGUUACUGAGACCAGUUUGGUCUGUUCAUCUUUCACAUUUCAAGUGCUGCUCAACGGCCAACUGGCUGGCUGCGGGAGGUUGAUGGUGGUGUGACUAACGAGACUGUCGGUAGCCCAGCAACGGUUGUAAGAGCCGCUGUGGGGAGGUGUAAAGGGAGAGAGCACCAGGCUGUCGGCUUGCUGCUGUCCUGGGUUCACCGGACCGUCUUGUCCCGGAUGCGAGUACUCUAGGUCUAACACACCCUGUCCCGGGUGUGAGGGAUUAGCCUGGGUCUAACCCACGCUGUCCUGGGUAAUUCAUAUCAUUGUCUACCCCACCUCCAGCUGACUCGAGCUGCAAUGGUGAAAAUGCAUUUUGGUCAAACCCUUCCCUGAUGUCCAGUCUGCCUUGUCUUGUGCCAGUGUGUGUGAGGAGAAGCGGGGGCAGUGGGUGUCCAGGCACCACAGAGGGGUGGGUGUGUGUGUGUCCAGGCACUGCAGGAAUCAAACAGUCGUGGUAAUACACACUCUCUGCUGCUCCAGCUAUGCUCCUAUCCUGAAAAUUGUACAAAGUCUUGAAGUAAAUCCUGUUGUAAAUGUAUUGUUUUGGAUAAAUAUUAACUAAAUGUCAGCAGUUAAAAUAA